UUUCGGGUAACAAUAAUUACUUUGUUGUAAACUGCGAGUGAUCUAUCUGAUUGGUAACAUCUUCAAAGGGAGCUGUGUCAGAAGAGCAAGUUACAUUUUUUGCCUUUCUGCACUGUGUUAACUUCAACGCUUGUUUAUAACUAGCAGAGGUGAAACGUCUGAGAAUGGGGCAGAUUGAGUGGGCAAUGUGGGCCAACGAACAGGCUCUAGCUGCUGGACUUAUUCUGCUAACAGGAGGCAUCGUGGGCGUAGCCGGCCAGUUCAGAGGCUGGGAAUUUGCAGCGUAUGGAAUUGCUGCAGGUGCAUUUGUAUGUCUACUUGAGUAUCCAAGGGGAAAGAGGAAGAAUAAGGCAACUGGUACAGAAAGAAUGGGACAGAGGUGCCUGACAAUUUGUGUUAAAGCUUUUGGACCCCUGACAAGGAACUAUUAUGUUCGAGCCUUUCUGCAUGCUGCGCUGGCAGUGCCUGGAGGAUUUAUUUUGGCUACAGUUCUUGGUUGUGUUUGUCUUGGCAUUGCCAGUCUUAUCUAUUUGCUGGCGGCGAUUCGGGGAGAACAGUGGGAGCCUAUUCUGCCUCGACCAGAGAGUAAGUCCCGUCCUGGAGAGAGCAUCAGAGAACCUCCUACUAACCCCCCACCGCGUCCUCCAGCAGAACAUCGCAGGAAGCGCCCAGAGAGCUCCAUAGAGGAUGCGGCAUAUGUCAACCCCAUACCUGUCUCACCCAACUCUUUUUAAAAGAGAGCUAUUAGAAGAACAUGGACUGAUGGGUUUUCUGUGAAACUGCUUCUCUACAGUAUGACAAUGUAGCAAAACUCAGAGGCGACCAAAUGAACACUUCCUAUUCUGAAUGAAUCUGUUUUAAAUUUUACAAGUUGAAUAAUCUUCUGUUGUGUUUCGUUUGUAAGUGAAUUUAUUUUCAAUCAAGUUCCUGUGUAAUUAAUAUAGUGUAUUUGGAUCAAUCACACAGGCAUUAGUAUUGGAAAUCAGGUCUUAAAUAAUGUAUUGGCAGUAUUGGGUAAAACCAUGCAGUGCUCGCUUUGUCAAGUAACCCAGAUGGCUACACAGUGGAAGGGAACCGAAACAGGCUGCUUGCUCUAAUGCACUUUACACUUAAACUAUUUUAGUAAACAACAGAUGGUACUGUGUGAAACCAAGUUGCCUGUAUAUUUAUACACAUUUUUAUAAGCAUUUUUAAAAGUAUUUUGUUAUUGAACAUGUACUGCAUUUCAUAAUUUACAUAAACAUUAUUGAUUGCAGUUAUUAAGCUGUGCUAUGAAUAUAUAUGUCAGAACAACAGGUUUUUCCCAGAAUAUAAAUUUAAAUACAGUAAUUUUGAAAGAUCAUUUUUUAUCUCUAUACAAAAUAUGUUUUACCUUUUCAAGCUGACUUAUAGUGUUUGGAUGGAAUGGCAACGCUACAUGUUUAAAAUAACACACAGGAAGUGCACAUUUAUUAAAGAUAAUAUUCACAAUGGAGGGAUAAUCACAAGAAGAACACAAAUAAACUGAAUCAAUACAACCAAACGAGUACCUUGAUGGGCCUGUCUAAAUAAUUUUGAUCCCUUUUUAUGAGGUGAGGUGGCUUGUCCCCUUGCCUGUCAAUCCAAUGACAAACCCCCCUCCACUUGCUUCUACUGUCUUACGCCCCCAAGACUAGGGCUGCACACAUCCUUUCUUUUGCUCCACAAUGCGUCUUCUAAAACAGACAUGGUAGCUUUCCUUGUGUGAUAAAUAUUAGACAUUGUUUCUGCAAUUUACUUAAGGCCUACAGAUGGUCAAAUUUUGUCACCCACCUUCCCCAAGUAUUCAUGAAGUGAAGUACACAUCAUAAAUAUACAAAAUGGAGCUGGGUGUAAGGAACCAGUGGAACAUUGAAAAGUGGUAUUUAAUGGAAAUUGAGAGUAUAUUCAUUUUCACAUAGGCGAAACGAAAAGCAGUGUGUCUGGUUUGCAAACAAUGUGCAGUGAUAUUGAAGAGGCACAUAAGAUAGAGGCAUUUUGACAGAACAGCAUUUUACAACUGUCAAGUGAUGAAAGAGGAAAGCUAGUAAAAUAAAUGCAGGUUGACCAGACUCUUAGGAUGGCUCAUCGUAUCAGCCAUAAUUUAAAUGUUUCUGACUUAGUAUUAUCAUAAUUUAGACAUGAUUAAAUUCUCAUGCGGUAACUGAUACAUUUCACUGUGCAAUCACAUAAGCUCUUGUCAAAGCAGACAAGACAUGACCCUUCUGUGAUUGUGAAGCUUGGGAGAUGGAAACUGUGAGGGUCCUAUGUUAACAUGCCCUUUAUCUAAAUAACUUGCUGUGCACCCUGUCAAAGAUCACUUCAUAUGAAUAGUACAUCUCUCAGAAACUUUCCGCCAAGAAAGGACUUUUUUAUCUUGUGUUUUUAUAACCUACUCGCCAUGGUACCUGUUAAAGACAGGUAAUAGACUAAUUAAAAAAUAUUUGCUGUCUCUUGCUCAACAUGUACCUUUAGCGUCUUUCCACUGUAUUUGCGUGUGUGUAAAUGUCUCUUAACUGGUGCUCCGUUUCUUGAGCGUAUUUCUUUUAAGCCUGCUUCUCAGACUCGGUCAUUAUUUUAUUUUAUAGGUUUUAUACAUGUCUUUAAAGGCGACUGUCUCAGCAUGGCCCAUAUGCCUUUCUCAUCCUUGUGCAUCUCACACUCGCACUUCCUCUUUCAUCGUGUCACCAAAACCAAACUGACCAAUCAGAUUGCUCAGAGGGACAGGACCCACCGACCUUAGUGUUUUACUAUAUAACAGAUAGUUCAGAAAAAUAAAAAUAAAGAAGGGUAUGUGGUAUGGGUAAAUUGAUAAUGAUUAAAGUGUAUUCUCUUCUGAAGUCUUUCAAAUAAACUGCUUUUGUUCACAUUACUAGGCAGUUAGUAUCAAUUGAAAUAUGCUGUCUAGGCCCCUUUUUCCUGAAAAAGAUUUAAAAGGUCUGAUUUGUGUCCUUGAAAAUAUGAUUCUUUUGCUCCUUAAUAGUUAAUAGCGCACUGGUUACGUGCUGGGUUGUGUUAUGGGCUGUCAUCAUGUCUGAGGCUCUUUCAUGCCUUGUGCCCAAUGCUGCUGGGAUGGGCUCCAG